AUGGCCGUCGUCGGCAAGAUCGUGCUUCUUCUCGACGUCUGCCUGGCCCGACACCUUCUCAAACUCAUCUCCAGAACGUGCCCGGAGCUGCCCUUUCCCCCUGCUCCUCCCUCUUUCGUGCUUCCCACUGUUUUCACACCCUCUGUGCCAGUGAAUAGUGCGGAUAAGAAAGCCCCUAAAGUGGCGGGCCAGCUGUCCGGCAGUUUGCAAGCGGGGCUUCAGCAGCAAAGCCAGCAGCUUCUCCUGACUCCAGCCAGCCUUCAGCUUGCUCAGCUCCAGGCUCAGCUCGCUCUCCAUCGUCUUAAACUGGCUCAGGGCAGCAAUACAGCCACCACGGCCUCCGUUCUCAAUCAGGUUCUUUCCAAUGUUGCCAUGGCCCAGCCCCUCUUCAAUCAAAUGCGGAACCCCCAAGUUGGUUUCCCAACAGGGGUGCUUGGUUUUUCCGCUUCAAAUUCAGCCUUAUUGCCAGGAGGAUUCAACCAGAACCCAGGGAAUAUCAGACUGAACCACCAUGCUGCCGGGACCACAGUUGGCCAACAGGGUGUGGAGUUCGGUAAAAACUCUGGACCUGCGUACUCCGCUGAUAUUGACAGACGUCUUCAGUACAACUUGGGUGGUGCAGCAGCAGCAUCAGGGCCCGCAACUCAAGCCAAACAACUCAAUAAUGCUGGGUUUAAACAAGACUUUUACAGCCAAGAUAUCGCUAGCCAACAAGUUGGAUUCAAUGUUAAUGAUCAUAACAUAAAUUUGUAUAACUGUACUGGACAGACAGAGCAAUGGAACAGUCCCACUAGUGUCAGUCACACUGUAAAUCCACCACUGGCCUCUGAUGUUGCCACUGUUUGGCCAGCGCCUGGGCAAGCAGUGCUGUCCAGAAAUGAACUAUAUAACCCCGAGGAACCCACUACUGAUCACAAAUUCAAGCCCAAGAGUGGGGUUUUGUCUUAUGUCACUGACGGCACACAGGGUUUUGGGAGUUACCAACCCAUACACGGGAGCGAGGAAACCUUAUGUUCCGGUACCAGGACACUUCAGCCCUAUCAAGUUAAUGACUACCACGCUGUGACGCCAACUCAACUGCCACACCAGUGCAGUAUCUGUGACAAGAAAGUCUACAACCUCAAGGACUGGGACCAACACGUAAAGGGAAAACUACACCUUCAAAAUCGAAUGCUGUAUAAUACAGAAGGCUCGGCAGUGGCAUCAGCUGGGGCUGCUCACUACACGCUCGGUAGGCCCGCUGAUGGAGCGCUAAAUGGAGGGGACUCAAUGAGCUACACUACUGCCGAUCAAGAUAUUGCCUCUGGAGUCAACACCUCAUACUUGCCAGCUGCAGCCAUGAAGAAUUAUCCAUUGCCCAGCACGGGGUUCAGUUCACACCAGCCUGAGUCAAAGCCCUUUCCUCCGAGGAAGGCUACCACGGGACGUGUUGUUCACAUCUGCAACUUACCUGAAGGCAGUUGUACCGAGAAUGAUGUCAUCAACCUGGGACUGCCGUUCGGCAAAGUGACAAAUUAUAUCCUGAUGCGCUCUACUCAACAGGCAUUUCUAGAGAUGGCCUAUGUUGAAGCAGCUCAAGCAAUGGUUCAGUAUUACCAAUUGACUCCAGCCAUGAUAAACAAUCAGAAGCUUCUGAUUCGAAUGUCUAAAAGGUACCAGGAGCUCCAACUGAAGAAACCGGGUAAAGAUGUUCAGGCGAUCAUCCAGGAUAUUGCUUCUCAUUGGGAAAGAGACGAAAUGAAAGAACUUGAGCACUACGCGCCAGACAGAGCCCGUUCCCGCAGCCCGGUCAGAAGUUCCCUUAGCCCUCAAUCUCACAGCCCAAGUUUUACAUCAUGUAGUUCAACCCACAGCCCCCAGGCAGCACCCUGCAGGGCUCACGAGAGAGGCAGCAAUGGCCCAGCCCCACGCCGAGGUUCAUGGGAUUGGUCCUCACACUAUAGAAGAGGUGAGGAAGACAAGGAAAUGGAUGAACACUCCAGACGGAAUGGCUGCAGCACUGCCAUCGAUCGGCCUAACGAACGGCCAUCGGACCGACGGAAAGCCUAUGGGAAACCUCUAGAUUAUGCCAUCUGCAGGCCCACAGAUGAGCGAGGAGGAGGAGAUAAAGGAAUGCCUGGAAAAAGAGACUUCCCACGAGGCAGCCCUCAAGGCAAGUCCUUCAACUCCUACCGGAGCGUGGAGGAAAACCUCUACAUGAAGGUGAGCAGAUCCCAAUACCCAAGACAUGAUAGCAAGUCAAAGAGGAGGAACGGCAGCGACCACAGCAGGCAUUCGAGGCAUCUAGACAGCGAGAUGAUUGAUGAGCCACUUCGCAGAACUCCAGAAGAUAAGAAGCAUCGUUCGCUCAGCAGGGGGAGGACUAAGAAGCCAAACAAAAGGUGCACCACUGCAGAGAAACAUGACAGCCCUACCAGAAAUACUGAUGGUCAAGCUAAAGAACGGGUCUCACCUCAGGGUGACAACAAGCCAACAGAUGCUGCUGAACGUUUGAAACAUACUAACAAUGAGAAACUGUUGGAAAGUGGUGAAACCAGUGAUGACGAGUGUUGUUACCCCAAGAACAUGGAAGAAUUUCUCACAGUUGAUGAAGUGGGAGAAGAUGAUCUUAUUAUAGAACCGGAUCUUCCAGGGCUGGAAGAGGAUGCAGCUUGUCCUGAAGCGCCUGCAGAAGAACAAACACAAACAAUGGUGGAGACUUUACCAUCACCUUCCCUCCCAUUAGUGGCGUUGGAGACCUCCAUUACCAAAUCCAUUGAGGAAAAGACAUGUGAGGACGCUGAAAUCCCAACAGAAACCUUUGGAACGGAUAAAGGAAUUACAACUGAGACAAUCAUGGAAGAACACAAAAAGAGUCCUGUGACUUCCGAGCCACCAAUUUCAAAGCUGAGUGACUUUCACAAUGAAGAGUUUCAGGUAAAACUGGAGGAGACGUCUUCAGUUGCUAAAGUUAGCAACAGUGGGCCUUCGGAAGAAGAAGCAAUAAAGAGUAACGUUCAAACAUCAGAAGACAGCAAGGUCCAGGAUAUAAUACAGGACAUUGAGGCCAGCUCGAAUGCAACUCACAACAAGGUGGACGGCAUUCUUAAAAAAGAUAUUGAAGCGCCCUCAUCAUCUGUUGAGCAGGAGAGGCUCGUCAUUGAACACAUCAUCCCUUUAGGAGUGGAGUUCAUUGAGCCAAGGACUGGUUUCUUCUGUAAACUUUGUGAACUGUUCUAUACCAGUGAAGAGACUGCUAAGACGAGUCACUGUCGCAGCACUGUGCAUUAUAGGAACCUACAGAAAUACCUGUCCCAGCUGGCCCAAGAGAGCCUCAACCUUGCUGAACCUUCAACCACUCAGUGA